ACAGCUCAUACUUUUAUUUUUAUUAAUAAAUACACAGAAUCUACAUCAUUUUGACACAUGACUUCAAAAAAACCUUUAUGGAUUAGAAAAAAAAAACUUUAGUUAAGAAUUCUGAUUUAGGUUGUAAAACAUGACUUAGAUAAGCUGAUCCCUGACCUGUACCAAAAAAAGGUUAUCUAUAAGGUUAUAAACUGUGUCAAUACCUUAUCCCCCAUCCCUCCCCUCCAAAUAAACAAAACAAUUUCUGUUGACAAUUGUUUACCAUACAUCUUUUAUGUGAUAGUUUCUAAACAGACACUCUUAAACAAAAAAAAAAAUCAUUAAAGUGAUAAAUGGUGUUAUUCUAUACGUCCGGGAGAUGUUGACCGGGGUACUUCGCGCGCUUUUUCAUCACGUGCACAUAUGACCAAGUCAAAGUGUGUAGAUCUAAUUGCAAGAUAGACGACAGAACGCUCGUAAUCAUUAUGGCAUGCAUUGUAUCGGUGCAAAAUGCACCUGUAGACAGGAGGGUGUUGACAUGUUACUGGCCGGACUGUCGAGAAGUCCGGGUAAAUGUGACGGAAGUCCGUGAGGUGUUUGUGACAUCCUUUGGACAUAGCAGGGUGAUUGUUUUCGGGGACCCUGCCAUGAUCAAGAUUCGAGAUCUUCGUGGUCGUAUUUGUGGUAAGUACAAAUUAUGAUUUUUACAAAAUUUAAAACGCAUGUAAAUUUGAUUUCGACCCCCCCCCCUUUUUUGGAACAGUAAAUCAUGAAUCCGCCACAUAAUGAAGUAUCAUUUCAAAACCAGUCCCCCGUCAACACUUUACAAGUGGCUUACGCAAAGCACGUGGUAUUAUUGAUUUUUCUGCUAAAGAUGUUUGUACAUGUGUAAAUCAACCCCUUUCUUAUUACGGUAGUUCCUGAAUAUAACAUAUGAAGGUCACAGUGUGUCACUGAAUGAUCUUUUUUUUAUUUUUUUAAAUAUGUAGUAAUCGGUUGUAGGUAUUUUAUAAAGAAGUUGUAAUCAAGUAACCUCCACACUGAAUAGUCGCAUAACACAAACGUGUGGCUCAAUUGCUACGUCACGUGAUAUUAUUGAUUUCUUUUUUUUUUUUGCUUAAAAGGGGUGUGCGUGUAAACCCUGUAAUUCCCGAAUUCACCACAUAAAGAUCAGACUUUGCAAUGAAAUUAUGAACUAUAUUUUUUAUUUCAAAUAAAUGAAACGGUAGCAAGCUACCCCGACACGUGACACCGUGAAGUGUUUGUGUGUGUGUGUGUCUUUUGUUACGUCAUAUUUCUGUUCAAAGACAAACAUGUAACACCCCUUUUCUUUUCAACAUAAAGUAAACUGUAGUAUGUGUCAUUAUAAUAAUCUGUUAUAUUUUCAAAGAUAAUGAUUUUAGUUCAUAUUUUUUUUAUAGAGGCAACAUUCAGUCCUUCACCCCCACCUAAGCAUGAUACCACGAUCGGACAAUCAGAGACAUCAGAGACUACGCCGUUAAUCUCUAAAACCACACUUCAGUCUACAAUUCAAGCAGAGACAACUAUGCUGACCAAGUCCGGGCAAACAGAGACACCAGAGACUACGCCAUUAAUCUCUAAAACCACCUUUCUGUCUACAACUAGUCAAGCAGAGACAUCAUCAUCAGCCACUCAACCUGUGUCGACAGCUAAUGAAGCAGGUAUGAAUGAAAAGCCUCAGUAA